AUGCAGUCAAGGGCGCAGGGAAGCCGGUUGAAGCCGGUGGCCGACUCGCUUGAAAAUGUCGGAUUCGUGUCCAAGGGCGAUAAGAAGCUUCUCACUUACCAAGCUCAACACGAGUACUAUGACAAGAUCGUGGCGCGAUAUAUGAAAUUCUGCGCAGAUCACUCCAAAGAUCUCGACGCUGCAUUCGCAUCCCUCCCUACCAGCGCCUCGAACGAUGCGACAUCGAAUCCUCCAGCCGCCCUGCCUUCCUCGAAACGAAGCCCCGCGGACAAAGGCAUCCCCCCACCUUCAUCCGAACUGUCCACUCUCCUCCUCUCCUUGCGCAAGCUCCGCGAAGCCACUCUUGCCACGGCUUCGGAAACGCCUAUCGAUUUCACCCAGCGCGUCCAUAUAUUCUCCAUCCGCUUGUCCAUUCGCGCCCAGCACCCUCCAUCAUACUUCCCGUCCUUGCGCUACAGCCUCGACAAACUACACUCGCGAUCGCACCCGCUCCCAGACUCCGAGGUGAAAGAGAUAGUCUCGUACUUGAUUCUCGACUAUGCCUGUCGACAGGACGAUAUGGUCUCGGCCUUUGAGCUACGUGCCCGCGCGCGGAGGGACUACGCAUUCUCCGAUAAAACCAUUGACCAGGCCCUUGACGCAUUGAUGCAUGAUAACUGGAUCGUUUUCUGGCGGGUACGCAAGACCGUGGAUUCGUAUACGCAGGCAGUGAUGGACUGGGCGGUGGAUCGAGUCCGGAGACACGCUCUCAAGGCCGUUGGCAGUGCGUACCUCAAUGUCCAUGUGAGUUGGAUCGUGGGCGGUUGCACGGGCGAUGACGAGGGCUGGACGUGGGAGAAGCUGGUUGACGUUGAGAAACUUGGUUGGGAGAAGGAGGGCGAGAAGAUUGUCAUUAGACGGCCGAAGACGCGGGCACCUGCAAAACCGGAGCCAGCGCAGCCGAGUACAGUGGGUUCUUGA